AUGGCUACAAGAAACAUAACCACAAUGAGUGGAUUUCUCCUCAUGGGGUUCUCUGACAACCAUGAGCUGCAGAUGUUACAGGCUUUGCUCUUCUUGGUGACAUACCUCUUCGGCUCAGCAGGUAACUUCAUCAUUAUCACCAUCACAACACUGGACCCACAGCUCCAGUCUCCGAUGUAUUACUUUCUAAAGCACCUUUCCAUUCUGGACUUCUCAUCCCUUUCUGUCACAGUUCCCCAGUAUAUUGAGAGUUCCCUAGCACAAAGUGGCUACAUUUCAUAUGGCCAGUGCAUGCUGCAAGUUUUUUUCUUCACAGCUUUGGGCUGGAGUGAGACAGCCAUUCUCACGGUGAUGUCUUAUGACCGCUAUGUGGCUAUCUGCCUCCCCCUGCACUAUGAGGUCAUCAUGAGUCCCAGAAAGUGCACUUGGGCUGUGGCAGCUGUGUGGCUAAGUGGAGGCAUCUCUGGAACUUUAUACACAGCAAGUACUCUGUCUAUCAGAUUCUGUGGUGACAAAAUAAUUCAUCAGUUCUUCUGUGAUAUCCCCCAGUUGCUCAAGAUCUCCUGCUCUAAUGAUUACUUCGGAGUACUGGGAGUGUCUACUUUCAUGUCUGUAAUGGCCUUCGUCUGCUUCACGGGGAUUGCUUUCUCCUAUGGCCAGAUAUUCUCCACAGUUCUCAGGAUGCCCUCUGCUGAAGGCCGAUCUAAGGUCUUCUCCACCUGCCUGCCCCACCUCUUCGUUGUGUCAUUUUUUCUCUCAACAGGGAUUUGUGCCUAUCUAAAGCCAACCCCAGACUCACCAACUGCUUUAGACCUCAUGCUCUCUAUCUUUUACACAGUACUACCCCCAACCCUCAACCCUGUCAUCUAUAGUCUGAGAAAUGAGUCCUUGAAGGGAGCUAUAAAGAAGUUACUGUUAAGUGAAGAAUUCAUUGGUGAAAAUUAUUUUUGUUCUGUUGUUAGUGUCUGUUAA